GAGAUUUCAGUCCUCCCUGGGGGCUUCACGCUAGCAUGGCCCUACAGUUGCUGGCUCUGAGGAUUCUCUUGGUCCUUGUACCUCUGCUGGCAGCACAGGGCCUGGAAGAAAAUAAUCACAUCGUCAAACUACUGCCCAAGAAAAUAGAAACGUGCCAAAGGCCCCAGUUGGCACCAGAUCAGGACAAUUACAAGAAGAACGAAGAAAUGGUGCUGAGUUGUCCUGAGGGUUUGCAGCCAUCCUUCACCCAUGCCAGAUGUUGGAGGGAAUUCCAGUCCAACAGCAAUGAGAAAUCUGAAUACAGAGAAGUUUGGCUUGGAAAGGACAGCAGAGGCCAAUGGAAGCACAUUUGGUCCAAAGUGGAGUGCAUUGAGGUGCUCCAGGUUGACCCCGGGACCCUGGAGGUUUCCAGCACCAGCAUCCAAGUGAACUGGACCUGCCGGGCGCCUGAGGCGUGCUCGCGCAUGCGGGCCACGUGCCGGCUGGCAGGGCCUUCCUCCCCUCCGUGUGAGGCUGAGGAGGUGCCGGGAGAGGAGAUGCUCCAUGGCCAGGAGGGGACAUUCUCCUGUCCCGCUCUGCAGCCCUUCACUGAAUACAGUGUCACCAUCUCCCUGCCGCCCAGCACCAUCCUGUUCACAUGGCUCUUAAGGAGAAAGGAAAUGGUGCCGGACAAGCCAGAGCAGCUGUGGCUGGAUCCCAGCACGGGGUCCCUCAGCUGGGAGCCGCUGCCCUCCUGCAAAGGGGAGAUCAUCGGGUACCAGCUGAGCAUCACGGCCAGGAGAGCACACGAUGGCAGCGUCCUUGAAUCCAUGCGGGUGCUGCUGGACCGGUCUGUCGCUCGGCACACACCAACUCAUCGGUCUCCUGCAAGCAAAUCCACGGUGUCAGAGUGGGGUCUCGCACGGCUGGUGCUGGGGCUGCCUCGCUGCUGGAGUUUCAACCCACGUCUUGGGGAUCCUGUGGUUCGUGCUGUCCCGAAGCAUCCCUCACGCUGCUUCUGCCGUGUCAUCCUCCCAGAGCUCCGGCCCUAUGAGAACUUCAGUCAUUACUGCAUGAUCAAGGAGAUGCUUCCACCAGAGGAAGAUGCAGGUAAAGGUGUCCAGGCUGGAGAGCUCUUGCCCCAGUCCCUGCCUGUCCUGGAGUCCUCAGGAAGCAGUGAGAAAAGUGAGGAUGAGGACAAGAUGUGGUAG